AUGUUCACCGGAAUCGUCGAAGAAAUCGGAGUCAUCUCCCGGCUGGAGAAUGAUGCCGCCACCGGCAGCUCCGUCAUGACAGUCUCCAUUCCCUCCGGGUCCAACCUCCUCGCAGACUGCCACGAGGGCGAUUCCAUCGCCGUCAAUGGCUGCUGCCUCACGGUGACUUCCUUCACCAACGAUAGCUUCACCAUUGGCGUCGCCCCCGAGACGCUGCGCAUCACCAACCUCGGCACGCUGGUCGAGUCGAGCAGAGUCAACCUGGAGCGGGCUGUUCGCGCGGAUACUCGCAUGGGCGGCCACUUUGUCCAGGGCCACGUCGACACAACUGCCGAGAUCCUCUCGGUGAUACCAGAUGGCAACGCCCUUACUUUCCGGUUCCAGCCUAAGAAGCGCGAAUUCCUGCGCUACAUCGUGUACAAGGGAUUCAUCGCCAUUGACGGAACCAGCUUGACUGUCACCCAGGUCAACGAUGAUGAAGGCUGGUGGGAAAUCAUGCUGAUCACCUACUCCCAGGAGCGGGUUGUCAUGGCGAAGAAGGGCAAGGGAGACACGGUCAACAUUGAGGUCGACAUGAUGGCCAAGUAUGCUGAAAAGUCCCUGGCCGGCAUCCUGGGUGGUGACGGAGCCGCUGCCUCCAUUCCUCUCCUCGAGAAGAUUGUUGAGCGUGUCGUUGCGAAGAGCCAGGGAGCAAAGCCAUAG